AUGCUGAAGAAGGUCCUCAGGGAUAACCAGGUGCACAUCCUGGUAGUCUUCAGCCAAGCCUCGGAGUGCCUGCAGCUGGUCUGUGGUGUGAAGGUGAAGGAGGUGGACCCCACGGAGUACAUCUACAUCAUGGUCCCCACCCUGGGCCUCACCUGCGAUGCAAUGGUGAGCAGUGGGCAGAGCAUGCCCAAGGCCAGCCUCCUGGUGCUGGUCCUCAGCCUGAUGUGGAAUGGAGACCGUGCCCCUGAGGAGGAGGUCUGGGGAGCACUCAGCAAAUGGGGAUGUUUGUUGGGAGGGAGCACUAUGUCUUUGGGGAGCCCAGGGAGCUUCUGA